AUGCGGUUCUUUGCUUUCGAUUACCUAGCUUUAGUUAACCGAGCAGCUUUUGAAUCAGUUGGUGGGUUCGACACUACAAUUCCGUUCUAUCAUACUGAUUGUGAUAUGUACGCUCGAUUACUUAUGGCUGGAUAUGGGGUUAACGAGCCCCGGCAUCUGAUGACAACAUUUGGAAAUGAUUUUGCCGGAACGGACAAAUUUGGAAGUGGAAUAAUCUAUGAUAUCGCGCACAGCAUUGACGAUUUGAUUGUCCUCUACCGAAAGAAAAGUACAGUAGAAGCGAGUUUUACGGGAGAGACCACAUCGAAAGACGAUGAAGCAGGCCGCAAACAUGGCGGAGAACAGUCGAUAACGGUAAAGCAAGCCCACGAGCAAGAAGAAGCUCACAGAAAAGUGGAAGGAAAUCAAAAGCAGGCUGCGACCGAUGACGAUGACGCACAAGCAUAUACGAAGGCGAUGGAAGAACAAGUCCCUUUUGGUAACAAAGCUGAGGCGCAGAAUGAAGGAUAUAUUAAGGCCACUCCCAAGGCAGAUGUCGAUACUAGCGAUUCCGAUGUCCAGCAAGCAUCGAAGAUACAUCAAGGAUGGCAAGGAGCAAAGGAUGCAGGGGGGAAAAGAACCGAGCCCCAUGGUCGCGAAGGAUCUUUCGCAAGCAGGUUCUUCGGUCACUAUGUCCGAAGCUGGCGGAUACAAAAAGCGAAGCCUGGGAGAUUCCCCAAAAAAUCCCCAGUUCAAGUCACUAGAGGGCCUCCAUCGCGACGCUACCGCGAAAAAAGUCAACCACGUUAUUCUCAUCCACAUCCUUAGACUCAAACUCUAAGUGGGUGACCGACGAGCCCGGUUCCCCGGCCUACUUUCACCUCCUCCAAGUCGCCACCAACAUGGUACUCGCCAAGUACUCCCAAGGCGCCGAAGGUCGAAAUGAAUGGCAACAUCUACAACCUGGAGGUAAAGACGAACCUUAUUAUCGUCAUGCAGAGGGUUUUGAAAAGGCUCUUCAGUUGACUAUUGAGAUGGGAAGAAGAGUUUAUCUCGAGAAGGGGACGCUGGAUUGUGAAUUGAUUCAAGGUGGGUUCACGUUGGAUGAUGAGUGGAAGCCUGAGGAAGGGUCUGAGUUAGUGUAGUUGUUGUGAAUGCAUAAGC